UCCCAGCCUAGACUGCCAAUUCUAAGCGGCUUCGGAACUUGGCUACAGGCCGGGCACUGUAAUAAAGGGGGCUACUUCAACUCAACUUUGCUGUCCUGCAUGCACUGCUUAAGUGAAUUUUUGGUAUAAUUUUUGCAGAACAUAGGUGCUUACGUGUUUAAGGCAAGCAAGCAAACAAACAAAAUGGACAGUCAAUAAUCGUUUAAAGAGAGUAAUACAAACAAAUGAAACAGCUUGCUUUUCUUUCUUUUUGAGUAAAUGAAUUGAUGGAAUAUGAUUUUUCUGCCGAGUCAGUUGAUUCUGUGAAGCUUCGCAUCUCUCUUUUUUUCUUUUAAAGGAGAACUACUUACAUUUUUCGGCAUGCAAAUCACAGUGAAUUGUUUAAAGCGAAAGGAAAAGGGUCAGAAGAAGUGAGCACGGAACUUCAAUGCAGACGAAUUCUAUUGUCUGUAUUUUCAACUGUAGGCAUUGCCUCUGACAAUGAAGAUGAAGACGGUACACAGAUGGAUAGUUCAAGACAGACCUCCAGUAUAGAUCUGCUGCUUUGGAAUUACUUGAAGUAAUUGACUAAUGGAUUCUUGUGUCUCACAUGGAGGAAGCAAGCACAGAAGCAAAUGCAUGUAGAGACUUGGAAGAGCCCACUGUCAGCAUAAAUUUGAAACCUGGAUCAACACUUUCACAAGUCUGACAACAUAUCACGGACGUAAACCAUGGACUUGUUAUGGUGCGAUACUGGAUUGAGCACAUCUUUUUAGCCCGACUGUAGCCCCCCUCCCAACCCCCUCCCCCCACCCCAUGUUAGAUCUUUACUAAAUUAUGGAAAUUUUGUGGAAGACGCUGACUUGGAUAUUGAGCCUAGUUAUGGCUUCUUCUGAAUUUCAAAGCCUCAACAGACUCUCGCACAAUUCCCAAGAGGAGUUCCUGUCCUACCUUGAACAGUACCAGUUGACAGUCCCGGUAAGGGUGAACGAGAACGGCGAGUUCCUGAGCUACACUGUGAAACACCACCGGCCCACUCGGCGAAGGAGGGGACUGGACCCGUCGGGGCCCGACCCGUCCGAUUCCAGGAUGUUCUACCGGCUGUCGGCCUACGGAAGGCAUUUUCACUUAAACCUGGCCCCGAAUCCCCACUUGGUGUCAAAACAUUUUACUGUAGAAUACUGGGGAAAAGAUGGACCAGAAUGGCGGCAUGACUUUGUUGAUAAUUGCCAUUAUGUUGGAUUUCUGCAGGACCAAUACAGCACCACAAAAGUGGCGUUGAGCAACUGUAAGGGCUUGCAUGGUGUUAUUACAACAGAAGAAGAACAGUAUUUAAUUGAGCCAUUAAAGAACAUAUCCUCCAAAAAUCCCAGUGAUUUAAACCUUGAAGAAGGCCAGCCACAUGUUAUUUAUAAAAAGUCUUCCAUUCCCCGGCCCCAAGAGCACAGGGAGGAGUUCAGCUGUGGUGUUUCAGACCUCACAAGAAGUGGGACACCCUGCUGGCUGAGCAGUCCUGUCUCCACUCCCCCAGCCCCUUCCCCAAUUAAUAGCAGUACAAACAGCGCCCACCGGCAUAAACGAUCGGUCAGUUCAGAGCGUUUUGUGGAGACCCUAGUGGUAGCUGACAAAAUGAUGGUGGGGUACCAUGGGCGCAAGGACAUCGAGCACUACAUCCUGUCUGUGAUGAAUAUUGUUGCCAAACUGUACCGGGAUGCCAGUCUAGGAAACGUUGUGAACAUUAUUGUAACACGGCUGAUUGUUCUGACAGAAGACCAGCCAAACCUGGAGAUUAACCACCAUGCAGAUAAGUCACUGGAUAGCUUCUGCAAGUGGCAAAAGUCCAUUCUGUCACACCAGGGAGAUGGGAACAGCAUUCCAGAGAAUGGAAUUGCUCACCACGACAACGCUGUUCUUAUUACCAGGUAUGACAUCUGCACUUACAAGAACAAACCCUGUGGCACCUUAGGUCUGGCAUCAGUGGCAGGAAUGUGUGAACCGGAGCGUAGCUGCAGCAUCAACGAGGACAUUGGCCUGGGAUCGGCGUUCACCAUCGCCCACGAAAUCGGGCACAAUUUUGGCAUGAACCACGAUGGGAUCGGGAACUCGUGUGGGACCAAGGGCCACGAGGCCGCCAAGCUGAUGGCAGCGCACAUCACGGCCAACACCAACCCCUUCUCCUGGUCAGCCUGCAGCAAAGACUACAUCACCAGCUUCCUGGACUCAGGUCGGGGGACGUGUCUGGACAAUGAACCUCUGAAACGAGACUUCCUGUACCCCACAGUGGCCCCGGGGCAGGUGUACAGCGCGGACGAGCAGUGUCGUUUCCAGUACGGCGCCUCCUCCCGCCAGUGCAAGUAUGGGGAAGUGUGUAGAGAGCUGUGGUGCCUUAGCAAGAGUAACCGCUGUGUCACCAACAGUAUUCCCGCAGCCGAGGGAACACUGUGCCAGACGGGCACCAUCGACAGGGGGUGGUGUUUCCAGGGGGAGUGUGUGGCGUUUGGGACGUGGCCCCAGGGCGUAGAUGGUGACUGGGGUCCCUGGUCCAUAUGGGGCGAGUGUAGCCGGACUUGUGGCGGCGGCGUCUCCUCCUCCCUCCGACACUGUGACAGCCCAGCGCCGUCUGGUGGAGGAAAGUACUGUCUUGGGGAGAGGAAACGUUACAGAUCGUGUAACACUGAUGCCUGUCCAGCAGGAUCGCGGGAUUUCCGGGAAAAGCAGUGUGCGGAUUUUGACAGCCUGCCAUUCCGUGGGAAGUACUACAACUGGAAGCCUUAUACUGGAGGCGGCGUGAAGCCUUGUGCCCUGAACUGCCUGGCUGAAGGCUACAACUUCUACACCGAGCGAGCUCCAGCUGUCAUUGAUGGCACGCGCUGCAAGGGUGACUCACUGGACAUCUGCAUCAAUGGGGAGUGCAAGCAUGUCGGCUGUGACAACAUCCUGGGAUCGGACGCGAAGGAGGACCGCUGCCGGGUGUGUGGAGGGGACGGGAGCACCUGUGAGGCCACGGAGGGACUUUUCAACGACUCUCUUCCGCGAGGAGGCUACAUGGAGGUCGUUCAGAUUCCAAGGGGUUCUGUCCAUAUCGAGAUCAAAGAAGUGGCAAUGUCAAAGAACUACAUUGCUUUGAAAUCGGAGGGAGAUGACUACUAUAUCAACGGAGCGUGGACCAUCGACUGGCCCCGGAAGUUUGACAUUGCAGGGACAGCGUUCCACUACAAGAGGCCCUCGGAUGAGCCAGAGUCUCUGGAGGCCCUUGGGGCCACCACAGAAAAUCUGAUUGUCAUGGUGCUCCUACAGGAACAGAACAUGGGCAUCCGCUACAAGUUCAACGUUCCAAUCGUGCGGACGGGGAGCGGGGACAACGAGGUGGGGUUCUCCUGGCACCAUCUGCCCUGGUCUGAGUGCUCUGCAACCUGUGCUGGAGGUUCUCAGAAGCAAGAGGUUGUGUGUAAAAGGCUGGAUGACAACUCUGUGGUCCAGAAUAGCUACUGCGACCCAGACAGCAAGCAGCCAGAGAGCCAUCGGGCAUGCAACGCGGAGCCCUGCCCCCCCGAGUGGCUGAUCGGCGACUGGUCAGACUGCACAAAGACAUGCGAUGGAGGGACGCGCACGCGGACUGUCCUGUGCAUACGCAAGAUUGGACCUGCGGAGGAGGAAACGCUGGAGGACAGCGUCUGUCUGACUCACCGGCCAAUCGAGAGAGAGUCCUGCAACAACCAGUCCUGUCCCCCACAGUGGGUCACCCUGGAUUGGUCGGAGUGCACUCCAAAGUGUGGCCCCGGGUUCAAGCACCGCAUCGUCCUGUGCAAAAGCAGCGACCUGACCAAGACCUUCCCCCCAGCUCACUGUCCCGACCACAACAAGCCCCCGGUCCGGAUCCGCUGCAGUCUGGGUCGCUGUCCACCCCCCCGCUGGAUCCCAGGAGAGUGGGGACAGUGUUCGGCACAGUGUGGCCUGGGACAGCAGAUGCGUACGGUGCAGUGCCUGUCCUACACGGGACAGCCCUCUGGGGACUGUGCAGACUCCCUGCGCCCCCCCACCAUGCAGCAGUGCGAGAGCAAGUGCGAUGCCACGCCCAUCUCCAACGCAGAGGAAUGCAAAGAUGUAAACAAGGUGGCCUACUGCCCACUGGUGCUGAAGUUCAAGUUCUGCAGUCGUGCGUACUUCAGACAGAUGUGCUGCAAGACAUGCCAAGGACACUGACCCGUGGAGAGAGAGAGGCCAAGUCUGAGCGAGCAACCGAGAGAGAUAGAGAGAAAGAAAGGGCCAGAGAGUGAAAAUGGCGUCGGUGGACGAGAGGAGUCACAAAAGGAGGGAAGAGAACCUGCCACUCGCACCUGCAUUUCUUUAACCCUGUGGAACCCCAAACCACUGCUCAGCCUCCUGCUGACCCACUCCUGCUUUAUUUUCACUUCUGUGAAGUGAUUUUCUGUGAAGAUUUUUAUUGCAUUGACAUUAUUUUUAUUAUAAUAAUAAUUAUUAUUAUUAUUGUCGGUUUGUUAUUUUUAAUCCAAAGUGCUGGACACAUCAUUCUCAGAGAUGCGCCCUGUGGGAAACAUGUGGGGCAAAGUAGGCAUGCAUUGGAAACAGAGGAGGUUGAUCUGGUGUCUGGGACUUGCCCAAGAGCUGGCUGGAUGGAUAGAUGGAGGGACAGACUAUGGUUGUCGUAUCAAAAGAUGUGCUUUGGUUCCACUGCACAAUUGUGUGAACAGAUCUCCACUUUCCACACAAGCAGUUCUAAAUCCCCAAAAUAACAUGAGUGCCCUAUGUGAACGUAGCAUGCCCUAUGCAUACAAUGUUGAUAAAAUUAUGAGUUAUUGUAAAAAGUAUUCCAUCACAUUUUUUCCCUCCUUGUAUUUGUGAACUCCAAGACCAUACCAUGUACAGUCAGGGGGGUGGGGGCGGCAUCUGUGUUAAGCUUUUUGUGUGGUGGAACAAUGAAAACCAACCAUUGCUACUUAGAUAUGGAAUUAUUCAAAAACGGAAGGGGGAAAUAUUUGAUUUCAGUUGCCUAAAAAACAGGUGGUGGUGAGAUAUUGUUUAUUUUUAUGUUCUUUUUUUUGCUAGAGAAAUCAAGACAGAGGGGUGCCCGACUGAUAAACUCUUACACAUUCCGCCGACCCUCCCCCACCUCCUGACAGUGUCACUAGAUCAGCGUCUAGACCACACAGACUUUCUCAGAAAGCCUGGCCAUUAGACCACCAGGAUGGAGACAGGGCCUCAGAAAAUGGAAAAAAAGAGAACUUGGAAAAAAGAGAAAGAAAGCUGCUGACUAUUGUUAGGGGGCUCAUCUUUGAGCUCAGGCCCUGUGAGGAGAAAACUGAAUUAAAGCAAGGGGUUCCAGAUGUUCAAACAGCACGGACACCUGUUUUAAUAAGCAGGCUCUGAGAUUGACUGUGUCACCACAAGGUCACGUGUCCUCCGCCAAAGAAUCCCGCCAUUGUCUGGGAGACCGGAGUGAGAGAACUUGAGUCAGUUCUUUCAUACAAUUGGCGAUUUACCAAACCUGUGGCCUCCAAAGUGUCCAAACUCUUCCAGUAUGUAGGCUUUCAGGUUGGACAAUGACUACACGUAAAUAGAUUUUUACAAAAAUUAAGAAAAACUUUAUUGAAUAGAAAGGGUAUGUUGCAAGUGACUGAAGUGUGAAAUAUACAGAGGUUUAAAAUGUGUCACCAGGUCAAACUGUUGGGUGCUUUUGGUAAAAGGCAGUGCGUCAGUGUAAAUUGUAAUUUCAUUUGCACCUUCAGAUUUGCAAGAGAUCUUAUGAAUCUGAACGCCUUUAAUGCUUUUUUUUUUGUACGUGAGAGUAAAAUGCAUUGGCGCUAUAUUUAUUAUAUUAGAGCAUGUAAUCACAGAGAACUUUGUAUCGUCUCUUGAAUUUCAUUAUCAUGGAUGUUUCAUCUGCACUUGGUGAGUCUCCAUGUUGGCAAUUUUCAGUUGAGCGUGGCUUGGUCCACGUGUUGGGCCUGCGUUUCUCUCUGCCUUCCGCGGACAUGGGCGUGUAUCUCCAGAGCGCCACAUCAUGGUCUGCCACAGACUACCUCCGGACAAUGUCAGCUCUUCAACCACCAGCUCUUCCACCCCUCCCCCGGUACAGCCAUACAGGAGAGAGCUACAGUAAUACUGCAGUAUCGCAGUCGAUGGUGCUUUUUUUCAAGUAGUGCUUUUUAUAACAAACUCUCGCACCACACUCCUCCUCCAAUAGGUAGGCUCCGCCCCAACCCUGGUGCUACCAGGCCCAAACGGGUCUUUCACAGAGUGAACGGUGCAUGUUUGAACAGUCCAUUACUACACCAGACGGGGUGACUGGGCUGAAGUUGAACAAGUCAGAAUAUCCAGUUCCUCUGGUGUUUGUGCUCUCACGAUUGGUUUUUUUUUUUUUACCUCACACUGGGUGUUUCCAUUGAAGCUGCCUUUCCCAGUCUGGACCUCCCAUCAUUUUUCCAAAUGAUGUUAUAUAUUCUUUGAUGACACCCCAUCCAAAAUGGCAUUUGGAUACCAGGACUUGACUAGAAAAGUAUGAUGCAUAUUCUUGCCAUCAGGUUGUUAAAUAAAAGGGAAUGCAACACCUGAGAUACGUAAAUGGGACUCAAAUAUCAUAAACUGGAUUGUGUAUAUGUAUGAAAAAACAAAGGAAAAAAGAAAAAAAUGGGAUGAAACAUAUAGGAAAUAUAAUGGACCACAACUAAUCCCUAAAUUGCAUUUUUAUUAUGCCACCAUCUUUACUCUGAUUUGCUGCUGCUACUUUGUAGCCACCCACAGUAUAUGAUGUAAGCCGAUUUAUUUUGUGUUAUAAAUUGUCAUUAAUUGAGAGGACAGUCUGUAAGCAUCAAACUCAACUGCAGGCCCAAUGUGCUGAGCGUCGUGAAUUGUUAUCAUGUAAAUCCUGAAGCUUGAAGUACGAGUUUACAGGCAUUGGGUCACGGAGCCUCCCAACAAACAAUCUCCCAAGACACACAGUAAAACUGGUGCUCAUAGCUGUGAACUCUGAUCUCUGAAUGUCACAAUCUCUUAUCCUUUACCUGCAGAAAAAAGGAACUUUUUGUGUUUAGUUGCUUAUAUUUUAUAUUCAGUAUUAUUGUUGGUACACUGUUACUAAUUUUUUUCAUAUUGUAAAUUAUAUGCUAAUUUAUUGCCAUGUUUCACUUGUCUUACAUUUAUUUCACUGCAUGCAAACAGUGAAACCCUUUUCCACCCCACACUCCCUUCUCCCAUCACGCACACACUCACAUACACUCUCUCACAUUCUCUCUCUCACUCACUCUUGGUUGUCCAUCGAAUCCAAUGAUGACAGUGAAUUCUUUGAUGGCUGAAUAGUCCUAUCCUGGACCCACAAGUCCUAUUGCAGGUAGGACAUGUAUAUGUGGUGGUAGUGGUAGUGGCAACCAUGGGUGUGUUCCAUCUGAGUCUCCUUUGCUGUCUCCUGGGUGUCCUUUCCUCCUCCAGCAGGCAGAUCCCAUCCGGGCACAGCUGCCGCCAGUUGUUACGGUCAGCAGCAACAUCCUCCAGGUCCUAGGGUCUGAUUUUGCACUUCCUUAAUGCGGUCUUCAGCUGUUCCUUGUAGCGCUUCCUCUGCCCUCCUGCUGAGCGUCGUCCUUGGUGUAGCUGACCAUAUAGCACUCUGCGAGGCAGCAGAUUUGGGGGCAUCCUUAUUACAUGCCCCAGCCAUCGUAGCUGGUGCUGGGUGAUCAUAGCUUCAAUACUUCUGCAGUUGGUCUUUGUGAGUAUUUCAGAGUGAGGCACACGAUCAUGCCAGGUAAUUCCCAGGAUGCGCUGAAGGCAGUGUAUGUGGAAGUGCUCCAGGGACUUGAUGUGGCGGCUGUAAGUUACCCAAGCUUCGCAGCUGUAAAGGAGGGUGGUGAUGCAGAUGGCUUGGUAGAUGCAGACCUUUUAUGUGGAGAUGUAGGUUCUUGUUUUGGAAGACCCGGUGCCGAAGUCUCCCGAAGGCAGCUGAUGCUUGUUUAAUUCGGUUCUGGACCUCAUUGUCAAUGCUGCGGUCUUCAGAGAGAAUACUCCCCAGAUAUCUGAACGAUGGAACUACUGACAGUUGUUCAUCAGCAACAGUGAAGGCUGGUGGUGUGGGUGGGAUCUUGACACUCCAUUGGCAGACUACUUCCGUUCUGGUGGUGUUGAUAGUCAGUCCCAUCCUGCUGUCUGCUCUCACUGCUGCCGCAAGGACAGACUGGAGGUCUUGUGGAGUGUGAGACACAAGAGCGCAGUCAUCUGCAUACUGCAGCUCAAGGACCCUUUCUCUAUGCAAUUUGGUGGUUGCUUGGAGCCUCCUAAUAUUGAAGAGGUUGCUGUCUAGCCUGAGGUCCACUGCCACACCGCUACUGUCCUCAAUCUCCUUGUGGAGAAGCUGGGUGACACAUAGGCAGAAGAUGUUAAAGAGCACCGUUGCUAGCACAUACCCCUGCUUGACCCCUGUAUGUACAGGGAAAAGGGCAGACUCUUGUCCUCCUAUGGUCACCCGAGCAGUCAUUCCAUCGUGAAACUGGCGGAGGAUGUUGACGAAUUUGUUGGGGCAGCCAAACCUGAGGAGGACGUCCCACAAAAGUUCUCUCUGAACAGUGUCAAAGGCUUUGGAGAGGUCAACAAAGGCCAUAAACAGGUUCUCCUGUAGUUCCCGGCACUUUCCCUGAACUGCUGUGAAGGACGACCAGUCCCCCAUCUUGGCUGCAGGAGGCUGCCGGGUCCUUAGUUUGUUAAGGCCCGUCUAUUGCGCACCGCCAGCACGUUGCUUUUCUGUCAGGGUGUGCUCCCUUAGCCUUGCCUCAGUAGGCUUACUCUCUCACAUACACACGCACACACACACAUACACACACACAUACAUGUAUGCACACACACACACACACACACACCAACCUGUUUUUAGAUAUAUUAGGACAAUAAAGAGAGCAGCUUCUAAAGAGA